AAACUAAUUGUGGUCUAAGUACAGUAGAUCUACUUUUACGUAAACUUCCAAAAUUGGAUGGCCUUUCAACCGCCUUUGUAAUCUUUUUGGAACUUCCGGUUCGCUCCUUGUAGUCGCCUUUUGCGGAAGGUCGGCAUUCUCUACUUUACAGAGCUCAUCGGAAGUAACACAACCAAUAAUUAUAUGACUUUGCAUAUUUUUGCGUUACGCAUUUCCAGUUCUUCUUGACUCGCGGUCUGCUGACUGCUGUCGUUUCCGAAUCCCGUGAUCCGAGAAUUUUUUAUAAUCGAGAAGGGAUCGUACUGCAAAAUAUGUCCGGCAGUGCACGAUGCGGCCUUCUUAUAAUCAGUGAUCGUUGCCAUCGUAAAGAGGUGGCCGACGAAAGCGGUCCUGCGUUGGCUGAGCUGCUUCGCAGCACGAAGCACUUUCAAAAUGUUGUGGAAGCUAGCCAAUGCGUGCCGGACGACCAACACGUUAUCAGGGAGGUUUUAAUUCACUGGGCCGACGUGAAACGCUUGGAUUUUGUGAUUACGAGCGGUGGGACUGGAUUCGGAGUGCGCGAUGUUACUCCAGAGGCUACAUCGGCGAUUAUUGACCGUACCGCGCAUGGCAUGAUGAGCGCCCUGUACCAGCAAUCGUAUCCCCACUCAAUUUUGAGCCGUGGUGUCUGCGGAAUUCGCAAACGUACCCUGAUUGUAAAUUUUCCCGGCAGCCCCAAAGCCUGUCGGGAAUGUUUCGCCAUCAUUGAGCCGAAAAUUUCCCACAUCAUGGAGCUGCUGAAAAACGACACGCAGGCCAUUGCGAAAGCGCACCACGAAACUGUGGCCACGCAACCACCGUCCGCUGCCGUUGGCGCGGAUGACAGCCGCCGUGGUCCAGCGUUCCGUCACCGCAAGUCACCGUUUCCCAUAAUUCCCGUACCCGACGCCCAGCAGAUGAUGUUGAAGGAAUGCGACAUUGGCGGACAGGAAAUGGUUAGUCUGCGUGAUGCGCUGGGCCGUAUUGUGGCGGAGCAGAUUACCGCCAAGGAUCCGCUGCCGCCGUUUCGGGCCUCCACUAAGGAUGGCUACGCCGUGCUGUCGGCGGAUGGAGACGGGGAGCGGAAGGUGGUGGGGGCCUGUCAUGCUGGAGGGAUGGAAGAUGUCCAGCUGGUCAGUGGGUGCUGUAUGCGCAUUACGACCGGGGCGCCGGUCCCAGCGGGCGCGGAUGCUGUUGUACAAGUGGAAGAUACCGAGCUUGUGCAGCACGAUGAUAAGAGUGGAGAGGAAUUGGUUAUCCGCAUUUUAAAGCGACCGCAAUCCAGUCAGGAUAUCCGUCCAGUCGGCAGCGAUAUUGCGGCCGGAAGUGUGGUGGCCGAUAUCGGAAGCCGCAUCGAUCCGGCUUGCUUGGGCGUGCUGGCUACGUGUGGCAUCGUGUACGUCCCGGUUUAUGCCAAACCACUUGUCGGUCUGUUGUCAACCGGUGACGAACUGGUCAUGCCGGAGACGUCGCCAUUACCGAUUGGGAAGAUUCGCGAUUCCAACAAGACCGUGCUGCUAUCCACCCUCGCGAAGCACGGUUUCAGUGCCAUGGAUUUUGGAAUUGCCAGCGACAAGGAGGACAUUCUCAUUGACGCCAUGCGUCGUGCACUGUCAGUGGUGGAUGUAUUGGUGCUAACGGGCGGCGUUUCGAUGGGCGAGAAAGAUUUGGUCAAAUCCAUCCUGACCACCGUAUUUGGUGGGACGAUACAUUUUGGCCGGGUGUUUAUGAAGCCCGGUUUGCCCACGACAUUCGCCACCGUGAAUGUGGGUGAGAAGAAGAAGUUGGUGUUUGGACUGCCCGGGAAUCCCGUCUCUGCAGCGGUGACAUGUAAUUUGUUUGUUCUGCCGGCACUGCGAAAGAUGUCGGGGUACGUUAAUCCCCAGUACACGGUGGUGCGAGCCGAAGUGGUCAAGGAUGUCAAACUGGAUCCGCGACCAGAGUUUCAUCGCGCGGUCAUCGAGUGGACGGUAGCGGGAAAGAAUUGGCCGGUCGUACACAGUACGGGGAAUCAGAUUAGCAGUCGCUUGUUGAGUGUUAGUGGUGCUGAUGUUUUGAUGUGCCUACCGGCGAAAACGGACGACAAGACCGUUCUUUACGCUGGCGAUUUCACUGAUACCAUUUUACUGUAAUCAGCUUUGAUGAUUUGUUUUGAUUUUGUUUACUUUUGAUUGAUUUGAAUUGAUUUUACUACUAAAAGUGCCUGUUUAGUUUUUUGCUAGUUAUUUUUGCAUUGGGGUAUUUGCUUGUGCACUCGGGUGACGGGUUCCAGUAAAAGCAUGAUGUGCUAAA